CUGGCGAGCCGGCCGUCGGCCUCGCCCUCCGCGGAGCGCGGCGACCCCUGCCGGCCGCACGCGGUCCUCCGCGAUCCCACGCUCCUUUGCGCCCAGGACACGUCCGCCGGCUCCGCGCGGCCCUUCUAGGCCAGCGGGCGCCUCUCUAUGGUCCGCUGCCGCGUUGCGAGUGGGUGUCAUGGCGGCUGGCGUCGAGUUGGCAGGACUUGCCCAGGGGACUGGGGAAAGUCACUAAGCCAGGGGAAGAAGUGGCGCAGCCCGGACGGUGGGAAGUCGUGGGAGGAGCGGAGGCCCCGCGGGGGAGACCGAGCCGCAGGGGGCGGGCCCCCGGGGAAGUCUCCGGCCUGGCCGCCGCGUUCCCGUGCGGAGCCGGACGUUGGUGGGCGCCCCCGAAGCCGGCGUUGCCUAGGAACCCCGCAUUGUGCUGUCGAACCCUGAGUGUGUAGAUUUUGGAGCGAAGGCAGCCUCUCGAGGACACUUGGCGGGGUCGUCCGACGGUGCUGGACGCUUUUCUCGGAGCGGACCAGGUCGUUCUCUAACCCGCAGCGAUGUCGUCCUGGCUCGGGAGCCUCGGCUCCGGCUUGGGCCAGGUAGGGGGCAGCCUGGCUUCCCUCACUGGCCAGAUUUCAAAUUUUACCAAGGAUAUGCUGAUGGAAGGAGCGGAGGAAGUGGAAGCAAAAUUACCUAAUUCUAUAAGAAAGGAAAUUGAAGCCACUGUUACAAUCUUGCGAUCAGAGAAUGAACGGCUUAAGAAACUUUGUACUGAUCUGGAGGAGAAGCUUGAAGUUUCAGAACUUCAAAUAAAGCAUCAGUCAGCAAGUUAUCGAAAUCAACUACAACAAAAGGAGGUGGAAAUUAGUCAUCUUAAAGCGAGACAGAUCGCACUGCAGGAUCAGCUGCAGAAGCUGCAGUCAGCUGCUCACUCUGUAAAUUCAGGACCUGGCAGCGGGCCAGCAGCCGCCGCCUCUCCAUUCAGCUAUGGCAUCGGUCACCACGCCUCAGCCUUCCAUGACGAUGGCAUGGACUUCGGCGACAUAAUUUCAUCACAACAAGAGAUAAACAGACUGUCAAAUGAAAUUUCAAGACUUGAAUCUGAAGUUGGACACUGGAGACAUGUUGCUCAGAUUUCUAAAGCACAAGGAUCACAAAGCUCUGAUCAAAGUGAAAUCUGCAGACUGCAAAAUACCAUCCAGGAACUUAAACAGAGCCGAAGUCAGGAAAUUGAUGAUCAUCAGAAUGAAAUGUCAUUUUUACAAAAUGCGCAUCAACAGAAAUUGACAGAAAUAACUCGUCGGCAUCGAGAAGAAUUAAAUGAAUAUGAAGAACGAAUUGAAGAACUGGAAAACCUGUUACAACAAGGUGGCGCAGGAACUGCGGUAACUGAUCACUCUAAAAUCCACGAGAUGCAAAGAACUAUUCAAGUUCUACAAACUGAAAAAGUAGAGGCUACAAAAAAAAUAGAAGAACUUGAAGAUACAAUACAAGACAUACGUAAAAAAUUAUCUUCUUCUGAAAAUGACAGAGACGUUUUGAGGAAGGAGCAAGAACGACUAAGCAUGGAAAACAGACAAAUAAGCAAAGAAUGUGCGAGUCUGAAGCUGGAGCGCAGUCAGCUGCAGCCGCGCGCUGCGCAGCGGAGCGGCGGCGUGGAGGCGGAGGAGGCAGUGCUCCCACAGGCUGCGGCGCCCGGAGACGAAGGGCUCGGACCGCAGCGAGCCCUGUCCGAUGCUGGAAAUGAGAUAACAAGACUGAGUGAUUUAAACCAGGAUAAUCUUGCUGAAGACAACCUGAAACUUAGAAUGCGCGUCCAGGCGUUAGAGGAAGAGAAGUCCCUGCUGAGCGAAGAGAAGGAAGAACUUCAGAAAUCUCUUUUCAAACUAAACAAUGAACAUGAGGAAGUGAAAAGUGCAACUGUAAAAGACAUGGAUUUGGAAUCGAAGUUACAUGACCUAAGACGUGAUUUGGAGGCAAAGGAACAGGAACUCAACCAGAGCCUCACUGAGAAGGACAUGCUGGCGGCCGAGCUGGAGGAGCUGGAUAGGCAGAACCAGGAAGCCACGAAGCACUUGAUUCUGAUAAAAGACCAGCUAUCAAGACAACAAAAUGAAGGAGAUGACAUCAUCAGUAACCUCAGAAAAGAUCUAAAUGAUGAAAAAAAGAGAGUUCAUCAACUUGAAGAUGAUAAAAUGAACAUUACUAAAGAGUUAGACGAGCAGAAAGAAAAGUUAAUUCAAAGUGAACUGGCCCUGAAUUUAACCAAGCAGGAGCUAGAGGAUAAAAUAGAAAAGUUAGUGGAUCAACUAAGUAAGUCACAAAACAAUAACUUACAUAUCCAGAAGGAGAACCUUGAACUUAAGGAACAUGUUAAACAAAAGGAGGAGGAGCUUUCUAGAGUCCGGUGUGAGUUUACUCAGCCCUUUACUCAAGACUCUGACAGUAAUUUUAAGGAUGACUUACUUAAAGAAAGGGAAGCCGACAUUAGAAACUUAAAGCAAAAUCUUUCAGAAGUAGAACAGCUCAAUGAAAAUUUAAAGAAAGCUGCUUUUGAUCUCAAAACGGAAAAUGAAAAGUUGGUUUUGGCAUGUGAAGAGGUAAGGCGCCAGCUGGAAGAAUCCGUUGCUGGUAACAGUCAGACUUUUCUAGAAAAAAACGCUAUUCUGGAGGCUCUGAAGAUGGAGAAAGGACAGUUAGAAGCAGCACUGUGUCUGGCUGAGAAGAGACUGUCGGAAGAAGCGGACAAGUGUGAGCGAGCCACUGAAGAGCUGGCGCGUGUGCGAGGGUCGGGUGCCGCCUUGCAGCUGGAGCAGGAGCGCCUGACGAAACUCGGCCAGGAGAAGGACUCGGAGAUAGCAGCGCUCAGGAGGGACAUCGAGCAGCUGGACAGCGAUUGUAAGGCGACUCAGCACGCUCUGUCUUCCAGUCUAGAGGAGCGGGCGCAGUUGGCACAGCUCGUGAACGAGAAAGAAAUUGCUAUUGAAAAGCUUAAAGAGAGAAGUUCAGAGCUCCAGGAGGAGUUAGAUAAACAUACCGAGGCCUUAAGGAAAAAUGAAAUUUUGAAGCAAACCGUGGAGGAAAAAGACAGAAUUCUCGGAUCUAUGAAAGAGGAGAACAGCCACCUGAAAGAGGAGCUGGAACGAGUGCGGGAGCAGCAGAGCCGGGCGGCGCCUGCGGCUGAGCCCAAAACCCUGGACUGCGUCACGGAACUGGAGUCUGAGGUGUCCCAACUGAAUGUAAUCAAGGGUAACCUUGAAGAGAGAAUAAAACACCAUCAAAAGGUAAUCGAAGAUCAAAACCAGAGUAAGAUGCAGCUACUCCAGUCUUUACAGGAGCAGAAGAAGGAAAUGGACGCGUUCAAAUACCGGCACGAGCAAAUGAAUGUCACGCACACCCAGCUCUUUUUAGAGAAAGAUGAGAAAAUUAAGACCUUGCAAAAAACAAUUGAAGAAAUCAAAACCCAGCUGCAUGAAGAAAGGCAGGGCGUUCAAACAGAGAAUUCUGAUAUUUUUCAGGAAACAAAAGUUCAGAACCUGAACAUAGAAAACGGAAGUGAAAAGCAUGAUUUAUCUAAAGCCGAAACUGAAAGAUUAGUAAAAGGAAUAAAAGAGCGAGAAUUAGAGAUUAAGCUUCUAAACGAAAAGAACGUAUCUUUAACUAAACAGAUUGAUCAGCUGUCCAAGGAUGAGGUCGGUAAACUAACUCAGAUCAUCCAGCAGAAGGACUUGGAGAUACAGGCUCUUCACGCGAGAGUUUCCUCCGCCCCCUGCACACAGGACGUCGUGUACCUUCAGCAGCAGCUGCAGGCCUUCGCUCUGGAACGAGAGCAGCUGUUAGCUGUUCUGAAUGAGAAGACUAGGGAGAACAGCCAUCUAAAGACAGAGUACCACAAAGUGAUAGAUAUAGUGGCUGCCAAAGAAGCAGCCCUCAUUAAGCUGCAAGAUGAAAAUAAAAAACUUUCCACUAAAUUUGAAAGCACGGGCCAAGAUAUGUUUCGAGAAACCGUUCAGAAUUUAUCACGUAUCAUUCGAGAAAAAGACAUUGAAAUAGAUGCAUUAAGUCAGAAAUGUCAGACCUUAGUGACCGUUUUGCAGACGUCCGGCACUGGUGACCAGGCCGGCGGCGUUAACAGUAAUCAGUUUGAGGAGCUUCUGCAGGAACGCGACAAAUUAAAACAACAAGUGAAGAAAAUGGAAGAGUGGAAACAGCAGGUGAUGACCACAGUACAAAAUAUGCAGCAUGAGUCAGCCCAGCUUCAGGAAGAACUUCAUCAACUUCAGGCACAGGUUUUGGUGGACAGCGACAAUAAUUCCAAGUUGCAGGUGGACUAUACUGGUCUGAUCCAAAGUUACGAGCAGAAUGAAACCAAGCUCAAAAAUUUCGGGCAGGAAUUAGCACAAGUCCAACACAGUAUAGGGCAACUCUGUAAUACCAAAGAUCUUCUUUUAGGAAAGCUUGAUAUCAUUUCCCCUCAGUUCUCUUCUGGACCGCCGCUUACUCCCCAGUCGGCGGAGUCUGUUAGAACGGUUAAGUCGGACACGUUGAGUGAGUCUUCUCAGCAAGAGGUAGAAGAGCUCAGAAAGGCACUGGAGGAAAAGGACGCAACUAUUCGAACUCUGCAGGAAAACAAUCACAGACUGUCCGAUUCCGUGGCUGCCGCCUCAGAGCUAGGGAAGAGAGAACACGAACAAGCAGGUGCAGAACUUAAGGAGCUGAGGGACAAACUAGACAUUCUGCAGAAGUCCCUGAAGGAGAAGGACCUCUUAAUCAAAGCCCAAAGCGAUCAGUUACUCUCCUUAAAUGAAAAUUACACGAACAAGGUCAAUGAAAAUGAGCUGCUGAGGCAGGCAGUGACGAACCUAAAGGAGAGAAUAUUAAAUUUAGAAAUGGACAUUUGUAAAUUAAAAGAGGAAAAUGAAAACAUAGUAGAAAGAAACAAGGAAAAGGAAACAGAGUACCAAGCAUUACAAGAGACGAAUAUGAAGUUUUCUGUGAUGCUGCAAGAAAAAGAGUUUGAGUGCCACUCAAUGAGAGAGAAGGCUCUUGCCUUUGAGCAGCUACUGAAAGAAAAGGAGGGUGAGACUGGGGAGUUAAAUCAGCUUUUGAACACGGUGAAGUCGAUGCAGGAGCAGACGGUCACGUUUCAGCAGGAGAGGGACCAAGUGCUGCUGGCCCUGAAGCAGAAGCAGAUGGAGCACGCCGCCCUGCAGAAGGAGGUCCAGCAUUUACGUGACAAAGAAUUACGCUUAAAUCAGGAGCUAGAGAGACUGCGUAACCAUCUUUUAGAGACAGAAGAUUCUUACACCCGCGAAGCUUUGGCUGCAGAAGACAGAGAGGCUAAGCUGAGAAAGAAAGUCACGGUGUUGGAGGAAAAGCUACUUUCGUCCUCUAAUGCGAUGGAGAAUGCAAGCCAUCAGGCCAGUUUGCAGGUGGAGUCCCUGCAGGAACAGUUGAACGUCGUCUCCAAGCAACGGGACGAAACCGCCCUGCAGCUCACUGUGUCUCGGGAGCAAGUGAAGCAGUAUGCUCUGUCGCUCUCCAACCUGCAGAUGGUCCUGGAGCACUUCCAGCAAGAGGAAAAAGCUAUGUAUUCUGCUGAACUAGAAAAGCACAAACAGCUCGUAGCUGAAUGGAAGAAAAAGGCAGAAAAUCUGGAAGGGAAACUGAUCUCGUUACAGGAGCGUCUGGAUGAAGCAAAUGCUGCGUUGGAUUCGGCGUCAAGACUCACAGAGCAAUUAGAUUUGAAGGAAGAACAAAUUGAACAACUUAAAAAACAAAAUGAGCUCCGACAGGAAAUGCUGGACGAUGCACAGAAGAAGUUGAUGCACCUGGUAAACAGCACAGAAGGAAAAGUAGACAAAGUCCUGAUGAGAAACCUCUUCAUUGGACACUUCCACACACCAAAGAAUCAGCGCCACGAGGUCUUCCGGCUGAUGGGCAGCAUCCUGGGCAUCAAAAAGGAGGAGCUGGAGCAGUUGUUGAAUGAAGAUCAGGGCGGCGUGACCAGAUGGGUGUCUGGGUGGCUUGGAGGAGGAUCGAAAAGUGUUCCCAACACGCCUCUGAGGCCCAGCCAGCCAAACGUGUUCAACAGUUCUUUUUCAGAGCUUUUUGUUAAAUUUCUAGAAACAGAAUCCCAUCCAUCCAUCCCACCACCAAGGCUUUCUGUUCAUGACAUGAAACCUUUAGAUUCACCAAGGAGGAAACUAAAUACAAAUGUACCAGAAAGUUAUAAAGAUGUGACAGAGCCCCGGUCUGGCAGGAGAGCGGACGUGAACCCGUUCCUGGUGACCCGCUCGGCGGCCGUGCCGCUCGUGAACCCCGCGGGGCCCGGCGGGCCGGCGCACCUCCUCCUGAAGCCCAUCUCGGACGUGCUGCCCACGUUCACGCCCCUGCCGGUGUCGCCGGACAACAGUGCCGGGGUCGUCCUGAAGGACCUUCUGAAGCAGUAGGCGGCGCUCCGGCCGGGAGGGACAGACCUAGCACUUUAAAGGACCGUGAACACACACUACGUGGAUGCACUUGAUCACACAGUGGCCUUUCGGAAAAAGUCAUGUAUUUGUCUGCACUUGUAUUUUCUCUAAAUUUAAUAAAGAUAUUCUUAAUACUUUUAGAAAUUGCAGGUGUCACAGGAGGAAAUGUUUGCUACAUUACUGCUUUUUUCCUUCUCUGAUUUGACCCAAUUUAUGCUAGAAGCAUUUGAUUUUUUUAUCUUAACAGAAAUAGAAAAAUAAAAAGACAAAAAUACUAGUAGCUAUAUAUCAACUUUUAAUUUUUUUCUCUGAUUUUCAAACUCAUUUAGGCUAGUAAAAACCUAUGUUUUCUCUUUUAAAGAUAACCAAGAGAUUUGCCAAAAAAGAAAGGAAAAAGAAACUAGCAGUGGCUGAUCUGCCCAGUGCAGAAGGCGGACGUGCAGUGCGUGUCAGCGGCCCUCAGAGGGCUCGUGCGCACGGGCGCCGGCCCUGGGAGCGCGCGGGUGUCCCGGGGUGGGGGUGUGCGUGCCGGGCUCUGUGCAGUUUCAUCACGUGCGACCCGCGUGACCCGCCACUACGGCACAGGUGCAACGUGUGACCCCUCGGGCUGUCCCCUCCCCUGGGCCCCACCUCUGGCCGCCACCCAGUGCUCUGCCGUGUCCAGGGCGCUGUCACUUCAAGAGCGCUGUGUGAGUGCCAUCCAGCAGGACGUAACCUUUUGAGACGGACUUCCUCCCUCAGUGCAGCGCCCUGAGACCCGUCCGGAGGGUGGCGUGCAUGGUAUCCACAGGUGCGCACUGUCGGUCCCCGAUUUGGUGGUGCGAGCUGAGGUGUCUUUGUAGGGUGUCGUGUGAAAGCUAAUGGCUUUCUCACACAACUUGCGUAUGAGCGUGAAGUCGUACAGCUGCAUUUACGAAACUACAAGUAGCAAUAUCACUCCGUGUGACCCUCCACCCCGUCUCGGGGUUGCCAUCCGCUCUCUGAGCGCGGGGGAGCUGCUCCGACGCCAGCGCGAGGUGUUGGGGACGCCAGAAUAAAGGGGUGUCUCUUCAAUUUUUUAUAAGCCCAUCAUGAAAAAUCCUGACUCGGAACUCGAUCAGGAUGUUCCCGUUUGUAUUCGUUGUUGAUGUUGUAUAUUUAAAGACAUUUCUUGGAAAUUUUGUAAAUUUCAACAUGCCUUUAAAGCAGAAACAUCUGUAUAACAAGGAAAUGUGAAAUGAUACUAAUCCAAAUAUGUAAAUAGCCCCGGCCCCGGCCUGGGUACAUUUGAUUAUCUGUAAAUUUUGCUGUGGCUAACUCGACACUUUCUACUGUGUUUGGGAGAGUGGAGAUCUUGAUGUAUCGAUGGGUAAAACUGGUUUUCCUGGAGAACUUGUAACCGAGGCACUGCUGCUUCACAAUGUCGUGUCUCCUUGACUAAUUUAUUUAUACUGCCGUUCUGUCUCUCGCACGUGUGAAAGGAAGCGGUCGUACCGGUUCUACAUUAGAACUGUCCGACUGCCUCCCGUCUGUUUUACCUGUUAUUUCUCUCAUGGAAUUAUGACCCUGGGGUCUUACACGAUCCUUUCAAAGACGUUUUCACUGACCAUCCUCAAUUAUUUGCUGCUUGCCAUUGAAGUUUCAUUUCAGUGUGGAGCAUCUGAAAUAAAAGUUCUAAGUUAAAAAAAAAAAAAAGACACGUGAUCCUUCAUUUUGGAGAAGUAGAAAAUGCAAAAAUUUUUCUUUUAUUUUGAAAAUUAAGAUUUAAGUAGUGGGCAUUUGAGUAGCAUGUCAUCAGAUUUUAAAUGCCUUUUAUGACACAUCCAGUAUUUCCUUCCCUGCUCAAAACAGCCUGUUCCCCCUUUGCCCCAUAGGUUAACAUGAGUCUGAAAGCUGCUGUGUGCAGAUUGCGUAUCUGAGUGUCACUGCACGACCUUACGUGGCUGCUAGUCAGUGAAGUCCGUGACCUUGGACCGAAGCUGCAGUACCUCAUGUUUCAGCUGUGUCAUCGUCGAAACUAUAGCUCCCUGGUAUGCACACUAAGUGUUUGUUGAUCUAAACCAGACAUAACUCAUCCUUUUCUGCAACUAAGUUGUGUAAGAGAUGGACCAUCUGCGUCCGCUCAAGGAAUCUUUUUAGUAGCCACAGAGUGAUGAAGCAUGUAAUUCUAAUGUCAGCAAUAGGGCACUGCUAACGAACUAUACUGCAAUAUUUUAAACUGCAGCAAUUUCACUGUUUACUUCUCUGCAAACUUAGGAGACUUUGUGGUUGAACUUUGCUUUAGCUGCCACAGUUUUUCACAACAUUCCCAAUGGCUUUCAAUACUGUGAGAGAAAAUCCAGCCAGACGUUGAAUGUGACAUUUUCAGUACAAUUCUGUAUUGUAUGGUUGGUUGAGUUUUAGUUCAAGCCAUUAUUGCUUUAAAAGGAAAAAAACAACAAAAAAACAUGAGAAGAAGGAACUUCCUUACAAUCAGCCAAUUAAAAUAUUUAAUAUUCCCCUGCCCCCCAAAUAAAGCCUCCAGUUCAUUUUAACCUGUUAAUGUUAAUGUAAAUGUUAAUGUAAAUCAGUAGGUGGAAAAUAAAAAACUCUUCAGGGGUGGGGAGUGAUGAAAAUUACUGAGAAAGUGCUACUCAUCCAAUUCGAAGCACUUGAAUUUGAUUGCUAAAGCUAAUGAAGUUUUUCACGUGUCAGAGUACCAGAAACCUCUUCCACCAAAAUACUAAUUUUGUAAGGAUCAAGGCAGUGACGCUUGAUAUUUAUGUUAUAAUUCCUAUGGGAAAAGUAAUGGCACUUUCAAUGUUCUGACAUUUGUGAUGAUUUCCCAGUGUUUACUUUUUUUAAACUUAAGGUUUCAGUACUCAAAAUUGCUAAGUUGCCUUUUGAUUUUUGGGGAAAUAACUAAAUGUGGGAAAUUUGCAACCCAGCUAUAAGAUUGGGCUGUGUUUUGUACAGCUGAAGUCAAUGCAUAUCUGAAUUUCUCAGGAGCACUGCAAGGCAGGGG